AUGGCGAAAGUGUGGGAAUUGGUCAUGACAACUCGGAGCACAGGACACAGAGGCAACUCUGUUUCUGCCUUGCUGAGUCUUUGUCUCCCCUCACCCAGCAAUCCUUUUUAUUUAAGGACCAGCAAAAGGCAGGUGUUUACAGCUCUGGACCUGACCGAGUGUGCUUCCAUCCAAGGAAAAAUCAUGUUCACCGAGCCCACAAAUGCUGACUUUCCCCUUAGCCACAAUGUCAGUAGGCACUGGGCCAGCAUCUCAGUGGUUGCAAACGGGAUCCCCACCCCCCAGACCACUGUGAGGGAGAAGGCUUUGUGUGUCCCAGAAAACCCGAACACCAGUAUUGGAAAUCAGGGCCAGAUUGAGAUGUCCAUCGAUGAAGUGUGUCGAGAGAUGGUGUUACAUUGCUGCAAGUUAUUUCUGCAGCAGGCCGGAUUAAAUCUGCUAAUAAGCAUGACGAUUAUUAAUAACAUGUUUGCCAAGUCGGUUUCAGACCUGAAGUUUCCUUUGAUAUCCGAGGGCAGUGUAUGUGCAAAGGUUCAGGGUUUGGAAGCACUGCUGGGUUUGUCUGAAAAGCCAGUGUUGGCCGACGAGGUGCUGGCUGCCCAAAUGCUGUUCUCCUUCAUGCUCCCCUUUAUGAGAGGUGGGAACAGAGAGAUGCUCGUGGAGGCCUUCAGAGCGAUGCUCGUGGAAGCCCUCUCCCCAUAA